CCCAAGGUGUACCAGCUCUAUGCUAACACAAGGAGAUUGCUUUUGGAACAACACCCACAAUUGGCAUGGAACUUUCAAAAUAGUGUGUUCUCUGCAGCAACAUUCAACUUUGGACCGACCAUGGUCACUUUGGAUCACACAGAUAAUCAAAACUUUCCCAGCGGAAUGUGCAGCAUCACCGCCCUAGGUAACUAUGACCCUGCAAAUGGUGGUCAUUUAGUUCUGUUCGACCUUGGACUCAUUGUUCAGUUUCCACCUGGAUCCACAAUCCACUUUGCAGGAGGACUUAUUAGAUGGGUUGACUAUGGGUUCCAGACAGAAGCUAAUUUUAAGAGGGAGAGUCCUUCACUGUAG